AUGUCUUCUUCAGGCCAACAAAGCCACUUUAAACUGCUUCAGAAAUUCAAGCCCGAGUACUCGCCUAGCGAAUUCAUUCAAUAUGAAUCUGAGCGAACGGGUAUGAGAGUAGUGGUCAUCGACCAAAAGGGUCCCAAAGUGACUGGAUAUUUCGUGCUCGCCACAGAGAUUCUCGAUGACUCGGGAGCACCCCACACCCUGGAGCAUCUGUGCUUCAUGGGUUCUCGCAACUACAGAUACAAGGGCUUCCUUGACAAGCUGGCCACUCGGGUCUACUCAAACACAAAUGCCUGGACAGCCACAGACCACACAGCGUAUACGCUAGACACAGCUGGUUGGGAGGGUUUCGCCCAGAUUCUGCCCGUGUACCUGGAACAUGUCAUUGCACCUACUCUGACGGAUGAUGGCUGCUACACUGAGGUGCACCACAUCGAUGGUUCAGGAAACGAUGCGGGUGUGGUCUACUCGGAAAUGCAAGGAGUGCAGAACAAUGCCGCUGAGUUGAUUGAUUUGACUGCUCGCCGGUUAACCUACCCUCAUGGUGUGGGAUUCCGGUACGAAACCGGAGGUAUGAUGGAGCAGCUCCGUGUUCUUACUGCAGAAAGGAUCCGGGCGUUCCACCGGGAAAUGUACCAGCCCAAGAACUUGUGCCUGAUUAUCACGGGAGAGGUGGACCAUGCCAAUAUGCUGGAGACAUUGGAUAAGUUCGAAGAUACCAUUCUGGACGUCAUCCCAAGCCCCGAGUCACCAUUCAAGCGACCUUGGGUGGAUUCCAACCAGGCCCCAGCCUUGGAGAAAUCGAUCAUCAAGACCGUGGAAUUCCCCGAAGAAGAUGAAUCUUUUGGUGAAAUCGAGAUCCGAUUCCUGGGACCAGACUGCACUGACCCAGUCCAAACCGGUGCCCUCAAUGUUGCAUUGCUGUACUUGGCUGGAUCAUCUGCUUCCCUUUUGGAGAAUGUCCUCGUGGAAAAGGAGCAGGUUGCCAGUGCGGUGUACUAUCUCACUGAAGACCACCCAAGUGUCGAGAUCCGCUUUACCUUGACCAGUGUAGAGACAGAGAAGCUCGCGCAAGUGGAGCAAAGAUUCUUCGAGGUGCUCAAAGACGCGAUGUCCAAGGAGAUCGACAUGAAGUACCUCCAAGAGUGCAUUGACCGUCAGAAGCGGACCUGGAAGUUCUCCACUGAGAGCUCUGCCUCCUCGUUUGCUGAGUACGUCAUUUCUGACUUCUUGUACGGCAAGAGAGAUGGCUCUACUAUGCUGGACGUUGCUACUCUUAAGGAAUAUGAUGUGCUGGAGAAGUGGAGUGAGAGCCAAUGGCGUGACUUCAUCAAGAAAUGGAUCUCCGAUGCGCCCCAUGUCACUGUCCUUGGUGUACCCUCACUGAAGCUGUCUGAGACAUUCAAAAAGGAUGAGGAGGUCAGAGUUGCAGCACAGAAGAAGAAACUUGGUGAAGAGGGAUUGAAGGAACUGGCCGACAAGCUCGAGAAGGCGAAGGCUGAAAAUGACAAGGAAAUUCCCCAAGAGAUGUUGGAGAAAUUCCAGAUCCCAGGAACCGAGUCAAUUCACUUUAUCGAGACCACGACAGCCAGGUCUGGCAGUGCCUUGGAGGCUGGACGUCCCGAGCACAAGGUCCAGAAGAUCGUGGACACUGAUGGUUCUGACCUGCCACUCUUCAUCCACUUUGAGCAUAUCCCUAGCAGCUUUGUUCAGCUUUCUCUUCUCAUCUCGGCCCAGUCUGUACCGGUUGAGCUGCGUCCCCUUCUGUCUAUCUUCACUGAAGCGUUCUUCAACCUCCCGAUUGAGCGUGACGGAAAGACCAUCAACUUUGAGCAAGUCGUUGUGGAGUUGGAGAGAGACACCGUUGGUUACUCGAUGGAAGGUGCCCGGAGUCUCGGUAACUCGGAGAUGCUGCGUAUCUCCUUCCAGGUUGAAUUGGAGAAGUACAGCACGGCCAUCGCAUGGCUCCAGGAGAUUUCUUGGAGCUCGAUCUUCGAUGUCGAGAGACUUCGAGCGAUCACCAGCAGACUCCUUGCCGAUGUACCUGAUUCCAAGCGCAGCGGUGACGACAUGCUUGCGGCCGUGCAUGUGAUGGUUCACUACGCCCCCGAGUCCAUUGUGCGAGCUCGCAGCACUCUGGUCAAGGCACGUUACCUCAAGCGCAUCAAGCGACAAUUGGCUGAGGGGCCAGAGCUUGUUGUUGCACGCAUGGAGGAGAUCAGAAAGGCGCUCUUCCAAUUCGAGAACAUGCGUGUUGUGGUCAUUGCUGACCUGGAGAAGCUUUCCAACCCAGUUUCCGCUUGGAAGCCGUUCGCUGAGCGCCUGGGCGCCAGUGCUCCUCUCAAGGCGAUCACAACCCGUAGAGAAUUGCUCAGUGGUGCGGGCCAGAACCUCGGUGGAAAGUCGUACGUCGUUCCCAUGCCGACAGUCGACUCGUCCUUUGCCUACGCCACUGCCCGUGGUCUUGACUCCUACGACCACCCUAAGCUCCCUGCGCUCUUGGUGGCGAUUGCCUAUAUGAACGCUGUCGAAGGACCUCUCUGGGUUGCCGUUCGUGGCAAGGGUCUGGCCUACGGAACCAACUUUGCCCACAACAUCGACACUGGAUUCGUCAACUUCGACGUGUACCGGUCUCCCAAUGCACACAAGGCUUUCGAAUCAAGCAAGCAGAUUGUCAAGGACCAUGUCUCCGGUGCUAUUCCAUUUGACCCUCUGAUGCUGGAGGGUUCGAUCAGUAGCAUUGUUGUCAGCUUCGCCAAUGAGCAAUUGACCGUUGCCAGCGCUGCCCAGGGCAGUUUCAUCCGCCAGGUGAUUCGAAACCUGCCCAGUGAUUACAAGGAGAAGGUGCUCAAGCAGGUGCGCUCCACCAGCGUCGACGAUGUCAAGGGGGUCCUGAGAGAGAUCAUACUGCCCUUGUUCUCGCCCAAGACCGCCAACAUUGUGGUUACUUGUGCCACUGUGCUCGAAGAGACGAUCCAGAAGGGUCUCCAGGAAUCUGGCUUCACCCCCGAAGUCAAGGCACUCGGGGAAUUCGAGGACGACUAUGGAUUGAAGAACGAUGGCGAUGAGGACGACGAAGACGACGAAGACGAAGACGACGAGUACGAGACAGGAUCGGAAGACUCCGACGAGGAAAUGGAAGACGAUGAGUGA